AUGCGCGACGCGGUGCCGCUCCGCAGCCAUGCCUACCCGCUCGCGAGCGCAUCGUUACCCCCGCACAACCCCGGAUGGGUGACGCAUCCCACCCGCAUCCCCACGCCGCCUCGUUCUUCCUCUCCCCGUUCUCGUCCCUCUUCCGCCUUCCCCUCAAAUUCCCAAACUCUAUCCAAACUCUCUCCCCACGCACCUCUCGGAUCUCUCCCCCCCAAACCCCCCACCCCGAACCUCGACCGUGCCCUCCACGACCCUCCCCACCCCCCCCCCCCCCCCCCCCCCCUUCUUCUUCCCCUCCCCUCCCCCCCACCCCACCUUCUCCCCACCCCCUCCCCCCCCCCCCCCCCCCCCCACCCCCCCUUCUCUCUCCCCCCCCCCCCCCUCCCACCCUCCGCUCCCCUCCGUUCCCCUGUCCUGCCCACCCCUGCCCCCCCCUUGCCCACCCCUGCCCACCCCUGCCCACCCCGCCCCGCCCCUCUCCUCCCCGCCCCACCCCUAUCCCCGACUCCCCCCUCCCCCCCCGCGGUGCGCGCGCAGGUGGACGUGGAGCUAGCGAAGCGGCUGCUGCGGCGGUGCUACGAGGCGGGCGUGAACUUCUUUGACAACGCGGAGGUGUAUGCCAACGGCAAGGCCGAGGAGAUCUUCGGCCAGGCCGUGCGCGAGCUCGGCUGGCGCCGCUCCGAGAUCGUCGUCUCCACCAAGAUCUUCUGGGGCGGCCAGGGCGUGAACGAGAAGGGGCUGUCGCGGAAGCACAUAGUGGAGGGCGUGCGCGCGUCGCUGCGGCGGCUGGGCAUGGAGUACGUGGACCUGCUCUACUGCCACCGCCCCGACGCCUCCACUCCCAUCGAAGAGACCGUGCGCGCCAUGAACCACGUCAUUGAUAAGGGGUGGGCGUUCUACUGGGGCACGAGUGAGUGGAGUGCGGCGCAGAUCACGGAGGCGUGUGAGGUGGCGCGGCGGCUGAACCUCAUCGGGCCCGCCAUGGAGCAGCCCGAGUACAACCUCAUCGCGCGGGAGAAGGUGGAGAAGGAGUUCCUGCCGCUGUACGAGCCGUACGGGCUGGGGCUCACCACGUGGUCGCCGCUGGCGUCGGGAGUGCUCACAGGGAAGUACGCGCGCGGCCACAUCCCCCCCGACUCGCGCUUCGCCCUCGCCAACUACAAGCACCUGGCGACGCGCAAGCUGGUGGAGGAGGUGUUGGACAAGGUGGGCGCGCUGCAGGCGGUGGCGGGCGAGCUGCAGUGCACGGUGGCGCAGCUCAGCCUCGCGUGGUGCGCCAAGAACCCCCUCGUCUCCUCCGUCAUCACCGGCUCCACCAAGGAGUCCCAGAUAGAGGAGAACAUGAAGGCACUGGAGGUGAUGCCGAAGCUGACCCCCGCAGUCAUGGAGCGGAUAGACGCCAUCAUGCGCAACAAGCCCAAGCUGCCCGACUCCUUCCGUUAG